AUGGGAACUUCUUGUGGGUACCUGUUCACAUCCUGUGCCUUUCUGCUGACAGUGUCUUUGUGUCUCUGCGAACUGACCUGUCGCGAGGGUCACAGCGGACCUACCUAUGAAUCACUCAACGAUGUGUUUGACAAAAAGUCCUACAGACCGGCGGUGAACCUAAGCACUCCAACCAUCGCCAACAUCUCCUUCACUCUCUAUGCUGUGUUGGGUGUGAAUGAGAAAACUCAGAUCCUCACUACCUUCCUCUGGCUUAGACUGUAUUGGUUCCACGAGUUUCUCAUAUGGGAUCCUGAGAAAUGCGAUGGUGUCACUAAAAUCUCCCUGCCAGUGAAUGAACUCUGGACACCUGACAUCAUCAUCUAUGAAUUUGUGGACGAUGACGUCUCCCAAGCCUGCCCCUACGUGUAUGUCAAUCACACGGGACACAUCCGCUACGACCGCAUGCUCAGGCUCGUGAGUGCCUGCAACCUGGAGAUCUUCAGCUUCCCCUUCGACAUCCAGAACUGCACCUUCACCUUCGGUUCCUACAUGCACACAAUAAAGGAUGUGAGGGUCAGCCCGGCCCUGUCCUUUGCUGAGAUGUCGGGGAACUCUAAGCAGUACCUGGAGGCCAGUGGGGAGUGGGAGCUGGUGGUCAUCCUGGGAGAAGCGAGCAUCCUGCAGUUUGGAAUAGACGAGUGGGACAUCAUCACUUUCUGGGUGGUCAUUAAGAGACGGCCCAUGCUGUACGUGGUCAACCUCCUGAUCCCCAGCUCUUUCCUCAUGAUCAUCGACAUCUUGUCCUUCUACCUGCCGCCACACAGCGUGGACAGAGCCUCCUUUAAGAUGACACUCAUCCUGGGGUACACCGUCUUCCUGCUCAUCAUGAACGACCUGCUGCCCAGCACUGCAAACGGCACCCCCAUCAUAGGCAUCUACUUCUCUGUGUGUCUGGCCCUGAUGGUGAUCAGCCUGCUGGAGACGGUCGUCAUCACCAACGUGCUCCACACCAACUCCACAAAGUACCGCGACGUGCCCCACUGGGUGCGUGUGGUGGUCCUGGGCUUCAUCGCCCGGCUCAUCUGCUACAGGUGGCCCGAGGAAAUCACUUCUGUGGUCCAGGAGAAGCCGGACAACUCGGGGACCCGUGCCAUCCAGCCACCCGCCCAAUCAACACCGGCGCACCAAAGCCGAAACAUGUCUGGAGUGCUGCCGCUGGCUGUGCCGGAGCUCACUCAGAUCUGCCAGGACGUGAACGUGAUCCGCUCGCACAUCUCCGACCUGCAGAAGGCGAGCGAGAUGAUGGACCAAUGGUGCCACGUGGGGUACAUCCUGGACUUCCUGCUCUUCCGCAUCUACCUGAUGCUCAUCACCUGCUAUGCGGUAGUCAUCAUCUGCAUGUGGUGCAUAUGGAUCUACCAGUGA